GCCUGCAGCUGGCGGUCACGCUCACGCAACAACCGUAACACUUUUGUUCGAACCCGAGAUGCCUGAAUGCGUCUUUCAUUAUCGGCAUUCGGCUGUCCAAUGACGGUUACAAUUCCAAUUGAAUGAGUAAACAUAAUACAAUUAUUAUUAAUAGAACAAUAGGUACAAUAGCCAACAGGCCGAGUUAUCGCUUUUUUUUAUUUUAUUUGUUUUCAUUAGUAUUUCGUUUCGUUUCUUACCAAACAAGUUUUGAAUUUACCGUAAAAGUGUAAAACACAAUUUUAAAUUUGUUCAGAAAUCGCAUUAGUGUGUUUUGUUCAUUUAUUUUACGUAAGUGUACUGUGCACUUUGUUAAUGCAAAAAAAUGAAUGCUCUUAAUAGCAUUGUGUUCGUUUUGACGGUAUUCACUACGAUUGUGGCUGCUGAUAGAAAGUUACACGUUGAAUGGAAUCCAGGAUGUGUUUUGGAGGAUCAUUGUUCUAAAUUUUCAAAACUUACAUACAUACGGGCUGAUGGUGAAAACGACACUGUUCAUUUUGUACUUGAUGCCACCUUUAAACCAUCGUUGGUCAUUGUAGUAACAAAUAGAGAUGCUGUUAUUCAAGUGAAUUAUACCGCAGAUCGGGAAAACAAUAUCAAAUUUACCGAGUCCCCGCAUUAUACGUUUGCAUCAGUCUUCAAUAAUUUAUACGAGUUCAAUGAUGUAAACGACACGGCAAAUAUAAAAAAUGGGCAAAAUUUUAUAAAAAUGGAUUUUAAGAAGUUUCAUUGGAAUACAACUCAAUCAAUAAACAAUAAUAAUGAAUCUGUAGAGAUUCUUCUAACUUCUAAUUCAUAUAGAGCACCAGGCAUUAAUAAAACUGGUAUUGUAUCUGUUACGUUAAAAGUAUAUGGGAAAAAAGAUAUUGGAUCUAAGUUGCCACAUCUUGUUCAUACUCCAGAAUCUGGCGAAUUAACACUUACACUUAAUAACUUGAAUACAAAUUUUACCAAGUCACGUUUUGCAAUUGAGUUACUUACUUUUAGCUCUUUCCCCUUCAAUAAAACUGAAGAAUUAUCAAGCAAUACAUUUUCAGAUGAUAAACUAUCUGGUGGCACAUUUUUGAAUUAUUUGUUGAAUGCAAAAGGGGAUGUGGAAGGAGGUGGUUUUCUUAGUUGGAAACCAGUUGUGUAUAAAGCAGAAAAUACACAUGCAUUGAAUUCUUCUUCAACAAUUCAGUAUGACAUUCACGAUUAUCACUAUGAAAAUGACUGGAUUAACACCCCUUUAUUUAAUAUGUAUGGAAACUCCUUAUUUGGCAACAGCUCUCAAUUUCUUUUAAAAUCAUUUAAUGUGUCUUUUGGACAACCGAAUGAUGAAUUUUAUGCAAAAUCUAAUUAUACUUAUUGGACCUUUUUGGUUGGAAUUGGUGCACCUCCCAACUCAAGUUUGGGUUUUCUUGAAUUAUCAAUUAUUGCUAGUCUUCUAUUAAUGUUGACAAUAACAAUGAUACUUAUAUUUUGUAUAUUUAUGCGUUGGAUGUCUAGUAAACGUAACUCUUUAGUUUAUGGACAAUAAAACUUGAUUAAUACCUUUUACUUGUAACACAGCUUAUUAAUUUAGCAAAGUUAAUGCUCAGAUUUAAAUGUCUUUAUACAAAGCAUAUAAUUUUCUAAUUUAUAUUAUUGUUCUAAAGUUUUGAACUAGUCCUAUAUAUUUUAAGAUUUUAGACUAACACAUGAUUAUCAUGAUACUGAAUCAUUCCAAAGUAACUUUAAUUGCUCAUAAUAUGACAAUUUUUAGUUUCUAUUUAUUAUUAAUAUUAACUAAAAAUAAUAAUAUUCAAUAUUAUUAAGUAAGUAGUACAUUUGUUAUGACAAGAUAAAUUAUAUUUUUCCAAGAUGUAUAUAAUUUAACCAAUUCACAAUGUAAUUAUUUGUAGAAUAUUCUUAUUUUGAAACACAAUCUUUGAUUAAAAUAAAACAAUUGUAAUGUUUAUAACUGUAUUAUAUAAUUAUUUAUUUAUUAUUUGACUUGUACAAUUCAUUUAAACAAGGAGAUUUACUCAUAUAAAUAUGUUAUUGUAUUAAUUAUUUUAGUUGUAAGUAUUAUACAGGUUAUUAUUAAGUUUAAUAUUAGUAAAAAAAAUUUGAUCUUGAAAAUUGUAUUAAUAAUAAUAUCCAUAAAAUUAUAUAUUGUAUGAUCUUCUUUAAUAUAUUCAUUGAUUUUGAUCAAAUAUAAUGUGUAUAUAAUAUAUAUAUAUAUAUAUAUACAUUAUAUA